CUACGCGGUUUUCGACAUUUUCUUGGAUAUUUCCGCGACAAGCGACAGGUCAGAGGCAAGAGUGCAUUGAAGAUUUGAAGGGGAGGUUGGCGUGGACUCGCUUUCCUCUUCGAUCCAUUUUUCUCAGCUGUUUAUAUUUUAUUUUAUAUAAUUUUUAAAAAGAAAAAUUUACUAAUCUAUCUGUUAAUCGAAACAAUCCGACGAAUGAAGGUGAGAUAGAUACUGAUUAUCGAUCGAACAAGCAAACUUGGAACAGUUUCGAUCAAUCUCUCUCUGGUAUCGUCAAUGGCUUCGACGGAAGGUUUGGUGCCCAUAACAAGGGCAUUUCUUUGUUCUUAUUAUGACAAAUACCCAUUUGUUCCUCUCUCCGACGACUUCUGUCGUCUUUCGUCCGAGAUUCGCUCCAUGGCCGCCGAUUUGUACAAGGAUUUUUCUGUUACUGAAGGAGAAAGACAACUUGUACAGGAAGCGGAAUGCCAGCCUCCUCAUAAAAUUGAUGAGAACAUGUGGAAGAACAGAGAACAAAUUGAAGAAAUUCUGUUGUUACUGGAAAGCUCUCAUUGGCCAAAAGAGCUGCAACAACAGUCGUCCAAUGAUGCUGAACUUGCUUCUACGCUCGGGCGGCUAAAAGAAAAACUUCAGAAAACUCUAAAGGUUUUGGAGUCUUUCCAAUCUAGGAAUUCAGAGUAUAUAUUUAACACAGUUAUGACCUACAUGCCACAAGAUUUUCGUGGUACCCUUAUCAGACAACAAAAAGAGCGGUCAGAGCGGAAUAAGCAAGCUGAGAUUGAUGCUUUGGUCAACUCUGGUGGAAGUAUACAGGAUCGAUAUGCUUUGCUAUGGAAACAACAAAUGGAAAGGAGGAGAAUGUUAGCCCAGCUUGGUUCUGCAACAGGUGUCUACAAAACCCUUGUGAAGUACUUGGUUGGAGUGCCACAGGUUCUACUAGAUUUUAUUCGGCAAAUAAAUGAUGAUCAAGGCCCAAUGGAAGAGCAAAGACAUCGUUAUGGCCCACCUUUAUAUAGGCUUACAACAAUGGUGCUCAACAUUCGACUUUUUCUCUCUGUGUCAUGGGGGCAGUUUGAGGCUAGAAAAUUACAGAAGGGUCAAAUAGCUAUCUUGGAAGAAGCGGUUAAUAUCUACACCUCCGAGUUUGAAAGAUUUGUGAAAUUUAUUGGUGAAGUCUUUGCAAAUUCCCCUUUCCUUAUCACAGCAGAAGCUGCCGGUGCAAUAGAAGCAAGGAAAAAUGAUGACUUCAAGGAAGUAACUGUUCUUGCUGGGAAAACUUGUGAGGUUUCUUUGAAUGUGGAUUCUAUAAACUCAUAUAUCGCUUGGGAUUUCUCCUUGGCACAAGGAAAAAUGAAUGUGGAUAUCGGGUUUAGCAUAGAGUGCAUAGAUCCUUCGGGUCAAAAGAAUAUGAUCCUGCCAUACCGGCGUUAUGAGUCUGACCAAGGUAACUUCUGCACAUGCAUACCUGGAACUUACAAAUUCAUAUGGGACAAUUCAUAUUCAAGUUUCUUUAAGAAGGCCUUGCGUUACAAGGUUGACUGUAUACCACCAGUAGUGGAGCCGGUGCAAUCAGGAACUAAAGUAGAAGGAUGAGAGGACGGGUCUAGUUUAUGUUGCCAGAUUGAGGCUUCCCGGGAUUCAUGUGACAGUGACAUUCGUUUGUAUCAUCUCCAUUCUUUUUCUUUUUCUUAUUUAUCCAAUCUCCUGGGGUUGAUGGUCUCACUCCAGUUGCUUCAUUAAUGGAACUUGCUGCUUGCUCAUGAAAAAAAUAUUGUAUAAUGUUUGUAUAUAACCUGUUGUCCAAUCAAAUCAUGUCUUGUCUUGUACAAUGUAAGCGAAGAACUAAAGAGUGAGCACCUAAUGAAUUAUGAGGUAAUAUAUGUUAGCCUCUUGUUCUC